ACAAAUACUUACUUACCCAUUUUGGCUACAUAGUUCCCGCCAUCAGCAAAUGUGACUUCAUAAAAUUAACACACACCACUUUCUUUGUGGCGGUUUUCUUCUCCAUUCCUCUCUCUCUCUCUGAACCUUCUAUUCGCUUCCAUGGCGCCCGCGAAGCUUACAGCGUACGAGUGUCAGAGGCUCGAGAAUAUCCGUAGGAAGGAAGAAAUGUUGGCCGGGCUCAAGCUUCAAUCCAUUGUUACUCAACUCUCCGCCUCCUCAAAGCGUGAGAGGAUUGGAGGCAAAGCAAACAAAGUGAAACCGCAGAAGAAACCGAAGAGUGACACUCCCGUCGCUUUGCGACGAUCUUUACGAACAAGAGGAAUGCAGGCUGAUUCUAAAAUCCUCGAUGGCGAUCUUUUCGAGUCUACAGUGAGAAGCCCUAACUCUCGCGAGACGAAGAUGGGUCCUCUGACUAUGAGAGAAGCUUUGCUUCAUGAGGGGUCUGAUCGGUCUCUAAUAGAGACCAUUUUAAAUACUGGCAUAAAAUCUGAGCCGGGUCAGUCUUUAGGAACAGAGUUUGGUGGCCGUAGGGUUUGUAAAGAGGAGACCGUUUCGAGUACUGGGAUCAAAUCUGAACCGGGUCAGUCUUUAGAAACAGAGUUUGGUGGGCGUAGGGUUUGUAAAGAGGAGAACGUUUCGAGUACUGUGAUAAAAUCUGAGCCGGGUCAUUCUUUAGGAACAGAGUUUGGUGGGCGUAGGGUUUGUAAAGAGGAGACCGUUUCGAGUAAUGGGAUAAAAUCUGAGCCGGGUCAGUCUUUAGGAACAGAGUCCGGUGGAGAUAGGGUUUGUAAAAAGGAGACCUUUUCGAGCACUGGGAUCAAAUCUGAACCGAGUCAGUCUUUAGGAACAGAGUUUGGUGGAGAUAGGAUUUGGGUUGAUAUGACUUUGAAUCCAGAGAAUGUAGCUCGGGUUGUCCAGAAUCGAAUAAUGUCUGUGAAGUUUUUCCCUUGUAGUAGCUCUAGUAUUGUUGUUGCUGGGAGCAAGGGUGGUGAUGUUGGGUUUUGGAAUCUUGAUCAUGCGAAUGGGAUUGAUGAAGAAGAUGAUGGGGUUUAUUCAUAUCAUACUCACUCAGGCCCUGUUUCUGGGAUUUCGAUUCACCAACAUUCCUUGUCAAAGGUCUUUACCAGUUGUUAUGAUGGAUAUAUCCGGUUGAUGGAUGCUGAAAAGGAGGUGUUUGAUUUAGUAUAUUCUUCUGAUGACAAUAAAGCUAUAUUCUCGCUGUCUCAGCGAUCAAAUGAUGCAAAGUGUGUAUAUUUUGGUGAGGGGUAUGGUAAUUUGAGUAUGUGGGAUGAGAGGACUGGAGGCUGUGCAACUCAAUGGAGUUUGCAUGGUGACAGAAUUAACUCCAUUGAUUUUAAUUUACAAAAUCCAAACUUUGUGGCAACAAGUUGCUCUGAUGGAACUGCUUGCAUUUGGGAUUUGAGAAGUAUUAAUACAGAUAAGCCUAAAACUUUGAAGACGGUUACACACAAAAGAGCUGUAUAUUCAGCUUAUUUUUCACCCUCUGGAAAGUGCUUGGCCACCACAAGUUUGGAUGAUACCGUUCGUAUACUUGACGGAGAUAACUUUGAGGAGGCCUCAUGGAUUCCACACAAUAAUCAAACAGGAAGAUGGAUUUCUCAAUUCAAGGCUAUAUGGGGCUGGGACGAUUCAUAUAUUUUUAUUGGUAACAUGAAGAGAGGAGUGGAUGUCAUCUCACCUUCUAAAGGAACAACUAUUGUGACAUUACAGAGUGAACACAUAACAGCAAUUCCAUGCAGAUUUGAUGCACACCCUUACAAAAUUGGGAUGCUAGCAGGAGCCACAGGUGGAGGCCAGGUUUAUGUGUGGACUAGACAAUGAAUUAUAUAAAUUAUAUACCUUAAAAUUAUAGUUUGUAUUACAAAUACAAGGCAAUCAGAAGCUUUUAAGGACAUAGUUGUUAAUUAUCCAACUUAAGCUAGGUCGUGUGGUAAUUAUUUAUCUAUGUUGAACGUCCUUAUAGUUAUAAUGCCAAUCCUUUUCAGUCCCUAAA